AAAAACACUUCUUUGAGGAGCAAAGACAUUUACCAAUAUGCUGCUGUAUAAAUCUACUUUGUUGACGCCAAUCAUGAAGCUAAGCACCUGAAUGCCUUCUGGACAUAGCAAACUGGUUUUGUGAAAUCAGUGGAAGUCAGUGGAGGCUUGGCAGCAUGACAGCCCCUCUGAUGUGCCUCAUCAUGCACAGUCAUGCAGCAGUCAUCUCUGGAAUACGUGCAUUGAAAUGACACCUUCCAAGUGGCCAUGUUAUUAAAACUAUGCCCCACUUUCGUUUUGGAAUAUAAUUCCUGGAAUGUAGGGGGAGACAGGGAUACUGUAUAAUACCAAGCAUUCUUUUGCAUGGUGCAUCAUGUUUUAGGGCAAAUGAAAUCGCAAGCUAAUGAAUGCAUAUCAGACUGCUUGCACAGACAACAUUAGUGAAGUAGUCAGACCCUUUGCAUGUCUUAUUUAUUACAUGGAUAGCAAAGUACCCCCCCGCUAUCCUGAAAGCAUAUGCAAAUUACGUUUCACUGAAAGUCAAUCAUCAUUUAUCCAAAUAUUCCCAAGAUGGAAGCCAAACUGAUCAUGGAAGAAAUACAGGGGGAAAAGAGAGAACUGUCAGACAAAUUGUCAGCAGAAGAAACUUUAACUGGGUAACAAGGUUGGUUAUUAGGAAAAAGUUCUCUGAACGAGCAGUCAGGCACUGGAAUAGGCUGCCCAGAGGGAAUGGUGGGGUCACUAUCCCUGGAGGUGUUGAAGAAAUGGGUAUAUGUGGUACUUAGGGACAUAGUUCAGUGAGUAGGACUGCUGGUAGGCGGUCAGUUGGACUGGAUGAUCUCAGAGGUCUUUUCCAACUUUAAUGAUUCUGUGAUUCUAUGAAACCAGCUAACAGUGGUCAAAUACUUAGAGUUUGUCCAGAAUUCAAAAUCUGCAUCCCUAGACACUGCUACCCUCAGCAAUCUAAUCUAAUUUAAUCCUCAGACUGCAUGUCCUCUGGAGGUCCUCUCCAACCUAAAUCAGGUCCCCAGGCUCAAAGCAUGACUCAACACAAUCCCUCCUAUUAAUAUAUUGUAGUACUGUCUAUAAUAUAGGUUCAACCUGAAAGGAAAGACUGCACUCAUAGAAUCUCAGAAUGGUUGGGUUGGAAGGGACCUCAAAGGCCAUCUGGUUCAACCCCUGUGCUGUGGGUAGGGUUGCCAGCCCUUAAAGCAGGCACCAGGUCAGUUGCCCAGGGAAUGGAUGAGUGUUCCCACUUCAGUUGUUGCCAGUAGGAGAGAUGAAGUAUAAUACAACAAAAAUGCAGCCGUAUUUAACAAAAGUGCAAUUUUACCAAAAGAAACAGACACGAUUGAAAGCAGCAUUCAUACAGGAGUGAUAGCUUGCACAUAACUAUGCUUCUCUCAGCAACUUAGGAGUUGGACUCAGUGACCUCUCUGGGUCCCCUCCAACUCAUGCCAUUCUAUGAUUUAAAAACAAACAAACAAACCAACCCCAAAUCAGAAAAUCCUUCAGCCUCUCAACUUUAAACAUUCAUUUCCCGAACGUUAUUCCGAGCAGCUCUCGGGUUUUGCAAGCAGUUACCAGGGCGCCUGCUGCUGAGCCGCGAGCUCGGCUCUCGUCCCACGGGGAGGAGUUCUGCUGCUGCUGCUGUUGCUGGGAUCCGGCGGCACGCAGGACGAGCUGCUCCAGGGCCGCAUCCCCUGGCCGGGCUGCCAUGGGGGAUCGGUCAGACCGAGCCAAGGAAACCCCCCCCGAGAAGACUGCGGGCUAAAAAUGGACAACUCCUUCGUGGAAGAAGUGGCUGCAUCUCUGGUGAGAGAAUUUCUCAGUAGAAAGGGUCUGAAGAAAACCAUCAGCACCAUGGACCGGGAGCUCCCACGUUCUGCACUUAGCAUCAAUAAUAGGAAUGAGCUUCGAAAUGUCCUGCAUUUGCAUUCCCUGUACAAACAGAACAAGGCCAAGGAGAACCCUCUGAAAACACUUCUUGAAAUCAUUACUAAUUAUUUCCUUGAGCACCGUGGGACCUCCAGGAGCACCAGUUCAAGUUCUGCACUGACAGUUUCUCAAAGUAAGAGCUCAACAUCCCAUCCACCUGAUCUCUCAGAUGAAGAACGUGCAUGUGGAAAUGCCAGCCUGCCUCGUGACAGCAAAACUCAAACCUCCAGACACGAUGUUGAGAAUCCACCUGAUAAAAUCCUUCAAUUCAGAAAACAUCAACACAAAAGUGAAAAAUGCCACGCAGAGACAAUAUGCAACAGCCACUUAACCUCUGAUGGGGAUAAGAAGUUAAUGGGUAGUCAAGAGGAUUUAAAAUCAGCAGUGCUUUCUGAAGAGCUGCAAGCCACAGUGAAGGACAAGCAGAGACCCAGGUCUGGUCUCAUUGUCAGAGGCGUGAUGGCUGGACCAGGAGCAAGUUCUCCAGAGGAUCAGCAGAGAAGGAGGUCAAAACGCUCCACCAGCAUCAGUAGCACAGCAGUGCUCAAGGGUGAAAAACACGAAGAAAACGACCUGAGUGCCCCAAAAGUCGAUUCCCAAGAAAAUAAAGGAUGCUCAGCACAAGUAAACCCAGAGAUUGCCUCAAGGACUUUGUCAAGUUCACAUGUGAGUUCAGCUUCCGAAAAACUAAGGACCAUCUCCAAGGAAACGUGUGACUCCUUUAUCAAACUGCUGUCUGAAAGAGGGAGGACCAGGAUGGAGGAAAGAAAAUCAGUGCCAAGCUUUUGUACAGACAGCGGUGAGAAAAGCCUCAAAGUCAGUGCCCUGCACAGACAUUCAGGGACUGGAAGGGAGAAGAGAGAAAGGGCCCUCAAGAAAAGUGAGAGCUGGUUAUCAGGCCACAGGAAGUCUCCAACAUCCACUUGGAAUAAAGAAGACCAGAUGAAAGACACCCUAGAAUUAGUUGACGUUGAGGAUGAAGCAACAACUGGAGAAGUCAGUAGGAACCUGAAUCUUUCGGCACUGCAUAUGCUUCAAGAAGCGUCAAAGGCGAUUGAUAUUUCUCUUGCAAAAGAAUUAAAAAAUCUUCUGUUUGGCUCCAGUCUUUGUUGCUUCAGUGAAGAAUGGAAAAUACAGAGUUUUACAUUUAAUAACAUACCUCAGUUAAAAUAUGGCAUUGUACAAAAAAAGGGUGGCCCAUGUGGAGUACUGGCAGCAGUUCAAGCUUGUGUUCUACAGCAGCUUAUCUUUGGAGACAGUAACAGGAAUAAAGAUGCUCGCUGUCUCCAGCCCUCAGAAGCUCACAGGACCAAAUGCCUCACCAUGGCUAUUGCAGACAUCUUGUGGCGUGCAGGAAGCAAUGAAAAAGCAGUUGUGGCACUGCCGUCAGGAAGACAGCAGUUCACUCCCAUAGGAAAAUAUAAGGCAGAUGGAAUCUUAGAAACUCUAAUCCUGCAUAGUGCCACAAGAUAUGAAGAUCUGAUUGUACUUCUUCAGCAGAAUAUUCACCAGUUUGAAAUUGGUCCCUGUGGGUGCAUCCUUCUGACCGUGUCCGUCAUCUUAUCGAGAUCCAUCAAUCUGGUGCGCAAUGAUUUCGACGUCCUCACGAACCGGCUGAUCGGCAGCCACGGCUACUGCACUCAGGAAUUAGUGAACUUGCUGUUGACUGGCAAAGCUGUGUCCAAUGUUUUCAACGAUGUGAUAGAGCUGAAUUCUGGAAAUGGAAACAUCACCAUUCUGAAAGGCAUCACAAGCCGCAGUGACAUUGGUUUGCUGUCUCUCUUUGAGCACUACGACGUCUGCCAGGUAUGUUUUCCAUUCUUCUGAUUUUAAUCAAAAAGGAAACAAUUAACAACUUCAAAAUUGGCUUGGAAUGAGUACAGAAAUUAAGAAAUUGUGAGCUUGACUCUGCUGCCCACUUAGAUGGUUCCAGUGCAAUUUUCAGAUGCCCCAAGGCAAAGUGUGGUCAACUUCUGGAUGCAGGUCCUGUGUUACACAACCCUCUGUAAAUGGCUUGGGCAAUCUCUGAGCAUCUCAGACGUUCUGUGCCUACGUGUUUUUCUAACUGAUCUCCUGCAGUGGCAGUCAGCUUGCCGGCUAACACAUUUCUCUUUCAGUGUCUGCUGUUCCCCUGAUUGUAUUCACCAAAUCUCUGCUGAUUAUAGAGGAGUUGAGGUGCCCAGCUCACACGUGGGUGCUUAUAUUCUGGUCAUGUAAACAUAACUGUAUGUGGAGCUGAUGCUUACCUUAAGUGUUGGUUUUCCAUUAGUUUGUGUGACUGGGAGCCAGACUGAUUGCAUCAUCUAAUUCAUACUGGAAUGCUGGAGGUUGUCAUACUGUGUUAGAAAUAAUAACAGACAAUGGAUGUAGCUGGCAACAGAACUGGAACGUUCCCUUUAAUAUGUUUUUGAAAUUAAUAUUUUAAUUUCUGUUUAUCGUGAAUUGAGAAAGAUUACAAUUUCAAAGAAGCAGCAGCCAUUAAUUUAUCUCUGGAAAAACUUGCGUGAGGAUUUCUCUGAUUUCUCCAUCAGCAGAUCUUAUCAUCACGAUGGACAUCUUUCCUAAUGACAUAUUCUAUCUAAAACAGACAGUCUUGUGUCUGAUGCUGGGAUUUUCUUUGAAGCCUGUGUUAGAUGCUAGCUGAGAUAACUGUAAUGGUCCCAUCUGGAUUUGCCAUCAGUGCCUCUAUACAAAUUGGAAGGUGAUUAGCAGAGUCUGUUUGUACUUGUCUAAUAUAAAUAUGUGUCUGAAAACAGAGUUACAUUUUCACUGUUUCCCAUAUGGCUGAAAGCAGUUCCGUUUUCGUACUACUGAAAAUUCUAAUUCCUCUUAUUUCUAAUUAAUGCAAUGCUUUACAUCAUUUACAAGGUUAUAAUCAGGCUUAAAUUCAGUAAAUAAAGCGUAUCUCAACAUUUCCAAUUUGGACUAAUUUGGAGCAAACUGGAGUAAAAAUAAAUUAGCUUCAAUGUCUAUUUCAA